CGCCACAAGUACAGAUUUUCCCAACGAAAUGCAACGACUGUUUUAAUUUUCUUUUUAUUUGAAAAAAUGUCGAAGUGUAAGUGUUUUUAAUUCGUGUUGCAUUGGUUUUUUUUUUAAAUACAGUUCUCGCUGCAUAUAGUUUUAGCUCGGCUAACGUUUUAUAUCGAACGUAAUUAGUGUUUAUUCGACUGCCAUUCCUUUGUUUAAUUUAUAAAAUAUGUAUUUUCCGACAUCACUUCAUUGCUUUUUUGGGUGUUAAUAGUGCUGAUAAUAAUGUUGGUGGUAAUUUGUGCGUAAGAUUAAUUCGAUCAGAGUGUUCUGGUGCUCGGUUUCUUGUGCGAAUCAGUUCGAGAGUUUUAUUUUGCUGUAAUUUGUUUGUUAGUGUGUAAACUAACAGGUUCAUAAUAUUACAAUACGUUAAUGUGUUUCGUGUAUACAAUCAACAUCCCAUAUACCGACUCGUAAAAAAUGCGCGAAUACAAGAUCGUCGUCCUGGGUAGUGGAGGUGUCGGUAAAUCGGCGCUAACGGUGCAGUUUGUUCAAGGAAUCUUUGUUGAGAAAUAUGAUCCGACUAUCGAAGACAGUUACAGAAAGCAAGUCGAAGUCGACGGACAGCAAUGCAUGCUGGAAAUUUUAGAUACUGCUGGAACCGAACAAUUUACCGCGAUGCGUGAUUUGUACAUGAAAAACGGCCAAGGAUUCGUGUUAGUUUAUUCAAUUACGGCUCAGUCCACGUAUAACGAUUUGCAAGAAUUAAGGGAACAAAUAUUACGCGUGAAAGAUACGGACGAUGUACCAAUGGUUUUGGUGGGUAAUAAAUGUGAUUUAGAAGAAGAACGCGUAGUCGGCAAAGAACAAGGUGUUAACCUUUCUCGCCAGUUUAACUGUGCUUUUAUGGAAACGUCCGCUAAGGCUAAAAUUAAUGUCAAUGAUAUAUUCUACGAUCUUGUAAGGCAAAUUAAUAAAAAAAGUCCGGAAAAGAAACAAAAAACGAAAAAGAAAUCUACGUGCAGUUUACUGUAAAAAGUAUGUGUGUUUUUUUGUAAAAAAAAAUUAUAAUUAUAACGAUGAUGAUGAUUAUAAAAUGGUAAAAAAAAUGUUAUAUCGUGUGUCGUUGUGACAAUUUAAUAAUAUUUCGGAAAUUGUCGAUAUUUGUGUGCGUGUUUAUGGUGAUGACGCGAAGCUGGUUCGAUUUAUAUAAAAUAUUAUUUUUCUUUCUUUUUUUCUCUCUCUAUAAUAUCUCUCAGUCUCAGUUAUACUAUUGCAUUUCUUUAUACGAUGUGAAUAUUAUAUUUUUGUAUUACCUAUGUAAUUUCUUCUCCGUAUUGUAAUUUUGUUAUUUUUUUCUACUUUUUUUCCUUCCUUUCUUAUUCUCCUCGUUUGUACGAAAAAUUUUUUGUUAAGGUGUUUUAACCAUUACCUAUAUAUUUUCCCUAUUUUUCUACCUUUUUAAAAAUACCUACCUAGUAUUCGAGUUAUAUAUUUUUUUUGUUUAUUUUUUUUUUUUUACAUAAAAACAAAAAAAAGAAAGUCGCAUUAUAUUGUCACAGCGUUUUUAGAUAAUUAUAUUGUAUUUACAUAUCCGAUAUAUUAUUAUUUUUAUACGCAUAUCGUAUUAUACAUUUAAAAAAAAAAACCUGUCGUAGAAUAAUCAUACUCGAACGUGUGAUUCUAAGAGGGAAAAAUUAUAUAAAUCGAAGUUAGUGUGAAUUUUCAAAUUUAAAAAAAAUUCAAAUGGUAAAAAUUAUUUGAAAAAAUUGUCAAUUAUGUUGUAAGCACCACGACGUUUUUUUUCUUUUUUUUUUUUAGACGCACAUUUCGUUAUUUUUAAAUUUUUUUCUCGUUCUUUUUCAAUUCCACGUUGGAAAUUUGGUUUAAAAAUUGAUUAACUGAUUUCAACGGUAUGAUAUUACGAUACCUGGAAGUACAAUGUAUCAAUUUACCUCGACGAUGUUAUUUUUUCUCCUCUUCUUUUAGUGUAUUGUAAUAUGUUGUAUAGAAUUUUUAAAUUGUAUUAAUUUAUUUCGCCUUAUAAAAUUUAGUUUUUGUUUUGUUUACACAUAAACACACAUUAGUAUACACCUCAAUUUACACUGUUUACACAUUUGUAUUUUUUUUUCUUUUUCGUGUUUUUAUUUAUUUAUUUAAAUUUUUCUUCUUUUUGUCAUUUAUUUAUUUGAACGAUUUUUUCUCUCGUUGACGAUGUUGUCUUCCGACAUCAAUCUCUCUUAAGUAUAUGUAUUUUUCCCCCUUUUUUUUCUCAACUUAUUUAUUAUACCUUUGUAUAAAUCUUUUUACCAAAUCUUUGUUCGUGUUUUUUUCCUUUUUUUUUUCUUAAUGAAAUUUUAAUAACACCAAUAUUUUAUUUUGUAUACGUUUCUUUUCUCUGUUCUUAAUUUUUUUUGUUACUUUCAUUUCAUUUUAAAAAAUCAGCUCUCUGAAAAAAAUUUAGAAAAAUGUAAAGAAAAUUUACCCAUGUAGGAAAAAACAACACAUUAUACCUUAUUCGAAUUAUAUAAAUAUUAAAUGUAAUUUUAUUUCAUGUUCAUUUGAUGAUUUUUUUUGUUCCCUAAUUUACAUAUUUAUGUACAUUUUUAAAGAAUGUAUGGAGACUGGAUAAGGCAUCUGUAGUUUUUUUUUCUCAAACGACGAAUUGAAAAAGGCAAUAUUGUUAACUAUCUCGUUAAUGUUUGUUUUUUUAAAAUGCUGAUAUUGUUUUUUCUUCUGUUUGAUCGUUAUUUUGAAAGUAUAAAGGUUUACUUAAACGCAAUAGGGGUGUUAGACCGUCUUAAUAUUUCAAAUUUCUUGUGUUCAUUUUAGACCGUCUUAAUAUGUAUUUCAAAUUUCUUGUGUUCAUUUUAAAAAAGAAAAUUUUUUAGUGGACGCGUGAUAUAUCGUUACCUCUAAUAUUAUAUUAUUAUUAUUUUUGUUAAUUUGUUAAAUAUUAAUAUGUACUUUGGCGCGAAUAGUCGAAUGGGCCAAUUUUAUAUGCACAUAAUGCUGAAAAAAUAUUCUUUUUUUGUUUACGAAUAAGUUAGUGUUUUGUUGAAGGUUGAAGAAGUUUGAAAUACGAGCGACUGAACUAGACUUUGUGUGGUAGGAGGGUUGACGACGAUUCCACUAUAUCUUGAAGAGUGAAAUUAAAUUUUAUUUGCUUCGAUAGAAUUUACCUGGCUGAGAUGUUGAGCUGUUAUUAAAAAGAAAACCAUUGUAAAAAAAAUAUAUAUGAAAAUGUCGGUUCUCAUGACGUGGGUGACAAAUGUGGCGCGUGGUUUGAAUUUACGUAGGUUUGUUGAAGUGGAAAAUUUCCAUAAAAAAUAUGUCGCGAAGACUGUUGAGUGUUGAGAGAAGAGGUUAAUUUCGUAAUCGUUCUAAAAAUUGUCAAUUUCGAGUUUUUUUUUACCGUUGCGUUAGAUAUUUUUUCAGAUGAUAAGACUACCUAUUUUACAUUGUAAAAUUGUUUCAAAAUUACCAAAAUUUCUUCUAUCUGGUGCUAUUGCAAGCGAAGAGUGUAUCGCUCUUAGUGGAACAUAAGUAUUGGGUGGAUAUUGCCGUAUUUACUGCAAAACAUUAUUCUAAUACGAAAAUUACCGUAAUUACCGGUUAUUUGUGCCUAAAAUAUUGAAACUUACGGAGAACAGAAGCGCAAAAAUCAUUAAUAAAAUUCCAAAAUUACUGCAAUUACUCGAAACUGGUUCGUAAAAUACCCAAAAUACCGUAAUUACCUGAAAUUUACGUCCAACGUACCAGAAUUACCGUAAUUACCUGAAAUUUACGUUCAAAGUACCAGAAUUAAUGUAAUUACUUCAAAAUUAUGGUAAUUACCAUAAAAGUUGAGAAAUUUGGUGCUGUAAAAAUUUAAAAAUUGCGGAGAUUACUUAUCGUAAAAAUUUAUAAAUUACAUGUAUCAAUGUAAAAAAAUUAAAAUUACGGUAAUUACUCUUCAAUUCAGUAAUUACGGUAAUUUUACAUGCAAGUACGGUAAUUUUGGUAAUUUUAUAUUAGAAUACAAUAAUUAUUGGUAGUAGUUUUUCACGUAAAUACAGUAAUUUACUUUUACAAUAAGGCAAUGUUUUGAUCAUUGAUGUCAAAGUGAGCAUAUUUUAGCGACGAUAAAAAUCAAGGUGAACUCGAACCGAGCGAAAAUAUUUGCCUUGAAACAAAAACACCACACUCCUGUAUACCUUAAUUUUUCCAUGUACUGUACAUAAGUAUGUAUAACAUCAUAUAAAAGGUGUAAAUGUCUUUCCGUUCAUUUAUUUAUCCAUUUUUUUCUCCUAAUUUUCCAUUUUCAUCUUAAAAAAACCACCUAGAGGAAUAAAAAAUUACAACGACGAAGAAAAAAUUCAUCUGCCUUUAUAAUAAAGAAUAAAAAAAAACACGAUUCAAUACCUAUAUUCAAUGAUUAUUUAUACGUUUACUCUUUUUAAUUGUGUAUAGUUAUUUUUAAAAAAUGAUGAAUUCUCUUUUAGUUAAUUGAGCCCUCAGUCUCUCUGUUUCUCCCUGUUAUGUACUCAAAAAUGGAAAAUUUUACAUUUUUUUAAAAUCUGCUAUUUAUAUCGCUUUUAAUAUUCUACAAAAUGAGAUUUUCUAGCUCGUAUGAAAAAUACGUGACCAUAACUUAGUGCAAAAAUUUACCUACGAAUCGUUUUUUAUUAAAAGUAGGUAUACGUGUUACCGUAUCGAAAGUAACUUAUGUUUUCCAACAUGGCGAAAAAAAAUUAUCGGUUAAUGGUAUAGGACCCUUAAAUGUGAUAAUUAUGUCGAUGCUGUUACGAACGUAUUUGGCAAACUGGAUAGUAAAUAUGUUCCUCAUCAUCGCGAUAUAAUGAAGUAAAAAAAAAGAACAUCUCAAUACACGCGAUAUUUUAUUUAAUCGAUAUCUGAGAUAUUGCGAAUUGAUGAAUUGUUUCUUGGCUUGCUCUUUUUCAAAAAACGUGCGUGACUUGUAAAGUAGAGAAAUUUUUUUUUGUUAGGAUGUCACGUUUUUUGAUAAAGUUGCAGGCUUGUUUUUUUUUUUUUGGAUGUAUUCUCAAAUGUUGAUUUAAAUAUAAAUAUGUAAAUGUGUAUGUAAUAGUAUAACUUAGUUAUAUUAUGUAUAAAUAAAGAUUCAAUUUUUCA